ACAGACGUGUUGUUCAUACUGAUAAAAAGCCUUUUUCUAGUAAUGUGUAUAAUAAGGGCUCUGCCCGGAAUUCUCAUCUGAAUCUACGCAUUCGUAUUCCUCAAAAAAAAAACUUAUUCUUGUCCUUUAUGUAGCUGUAGCAAGUGUUUUUCAACUAGGGGUAAUCUAAUGGCACAUGGACGUGUUCAUACUGGUGAGAAACCUUUUCAUUGUAGUUUGUGUAAUAAGAGUUUUUCACAAAAAAGUACUCUGACUAGCCAUAGUUAUAUUCAUAGUAAAGAGAAACCUUACUCUUGUAGUGUAUGUAGUAUGAGUUUCUCACAGGAGAGACAGCUAACUCAACACAAACAUGUUCAUAGCAGUCAAAAGCCUUAUUCUUGUAAUAUCUGUUGUAAGGGUUUUUCACAUAGUUCUAGUCUUGACGCAUUACUUGUAUUCAUAGCAAAGAAAAACCUUAUUCUUGUUCCUUAUGUGGUAUGAGUUUCAGAUAGGUCUCAUCUAAUGAUACACAUAUGUGUUCAUACUGGUGAGAAACCUUAUUCUUGUCAUUUGUGUAAUAAGAGUUUUUCACAGAAAUAUGCUCUGACUAAGCAUAGUUGUAUUCAUGGUAAAGAGAAACCUUAUUCCUGUUGUCUAUGUAGUAAGAGUUUUUCACGCAGUUCUGAUCGGACUCGACACGUUCGUAUUCAUACUAAAGAAAAACCUUUUUCUUGUUCCUUAUGUAGUAUGAGUUUUUCAGAUAGGUCUCCUCUAAUGAUACACAUGCGUGUUCAUACUGGUGAGAAACCUUAUUCUUGUAGUUUAUGUAAUAAGAGUUUCUCACACAGCAGUAAUCUGACUCAGCAUAGUCGUAUUCAUUGUAAAGAGAAACCUUAUUCUUGUAGUGCAUGUAGUAAGAGUUUUUCACAAAAGGAACAUCUAACUCAACACAAUGGCGAGCAUUCAAGUUAAAAAUAUUAUUCUUGUGACAUAUGUACUAUGGGUUUUUUACUGGCUGAACGCAAACAUGUUCAUAGCAGUGAAAAGCUUUAAUUUGGUUGUGUAUUUAAAAAGAGUUUUUCACUGCAAGAACGUCUAAUCAGACAUAGUCUUACUCAUACUGGAGAGAAACCUUAUUCAUGUGCCAUAUGUAGUAAGAGUUUUUUAACCAAGAAACAACUGACUAGUCACAAUCUCAUUCAUACAGGAGACCGGCAAUACUGUAACUGUCCACGUUUUUGUUCUUACUGCUGAAUAACUUUUUUCUUGUAAUGAUUGUAAUAAAAGUUUUUUGCAUUAUAGUAGUUUAGCUGUCCACAGAUAUUUUCAUUUUGCUUUGAAAUCUUAUUCCUAUAAUUUAUAUAAAACGAUUUUUUUAAAUGUAAAUUUAUUGUGCACAGAUAAAUUGCAAAUUUUCCCUGCCGCAGAAUCUUAUUUUUGUAGCUGAAGGAAUGAGACUUGAUGAUAUGAUAUUUGAUUAUUACAUAUGAUGUUAGAUUAUUACAGAGAGAUUUAAGAAACAGUGAUCUGGAUAUUCGUCUGCUGAAUUUUUGCCGAUGCACAGUUGUCUGAAUCUGACAAAAAGAAAUUAAAAAAAUUGCUAAAAUUUCUAAGCAACGUAAUAUUAAGUAGUUCUGAAGUGUUUUAAGAGUGUCUCUGAUCAUAAACAUGCAGUCAGAUUAUCAAUGACAAGUAUAUUUAUAUUUGAAGUACCAAAUGUUCAGCAGCUGAAUAACAUUUAAAAAAAAUCAUAAAUGUUUUUUUUUUUUUUUUAUAAUUAAGUUAUUAGUUUGUAUUGAUAAAUUAGUAAACUAAAGGUCACCCUUUUUAGCCAUUAAGGUUGGGAUUUUGUUCAAAAGAAUUUGAUAAAAAAAAAGUUAUUAAAGAUGAUGAUUUUGUUUGUUUUACGCAUUACACCUUUUGGCAUAAGCAAGGAAUACAACUACUGUUUAUUUUUCCUAGUUUGGGAAAAUAUUUUUCUUAGAGAGUAUUUAUAUUUAAUAAAUAAGAAUUAAAAGAAUUUUGUCUACUGCUAAAACCCAGCAAUUUAAAAAGACAAAUAUAAGAUCAUAUAGAAGAACGGUACCAUCAUAUAAUU